CCCCCCCCCCGCCACCUCCCGCCUGGGCCCCGCGUCCCGCGUGCGGGGCGAUGCCGCGCGCUCUGGCUGUCCCCCGCGCGGGCGGCGCCGGAGACAAAGCCCGCGCGUGAGCGGCGCCCUCGGCCCGUGCGCCCCCUCCGGGUGAACCUCAAGGCAGGAAGCCUGAAUCAGCCUCUCAUCUGACAACUGUCAGCUGCUGCUGCUCGCCUGCCCGCAUCUGGCCCUGCCACUGCACCACCUCUCAGAAGGGGCAGCAGGAUGAAGGAGGGUAUGUCCAACAACAGCACCACAAGCAUCUCCCAAGCCAGGAAGGCUGUGGAGCAGCUGAAGAUGGAAGCAUGCAUGGAUCGGGUGAAGGUCUCCCAGGCAGCCGCGGACCUCCUGGCGUAUUGUGAAGCGCAUAUGCGGGAAGACCCUCUCAUCAUACCAGUGCCUGCGUCAGAAAACCCCUUCCGUGAGAAGAAGUUCUUCUGUACCAUCCUCUGACACCCUCAGCCACCGGACCGCCUCCUCUCCAGUCCGUAGAAUCCCUGGUAGCGACUACGCAUGCUCCCUGCUCCCGGCAGCAGCCCCGGUCCCCUCCCUCCCGGCCCCAUCCCCAAGACUGCUAGGCCGGGC